AUGGCGGACGAAGAGAGUCUUGCAAAGAGUCGCCCUCAACGYCGAAAUGCCGGCAACCGCAUGUCAAAACUUAUCGACGACGAACAAGGAGUUGAUGAMUUUUACAAGACAGCUUUUGGAGGCUUUGAAGAGGAGUCAGGAGAUGAUGAGUUUGARAAAGAUGACGAGGAAGAUGUAGAUAUCGUUGACUCGGAUUUCAGCAACUCCGAGACUGACGAGGUCAUUGAACAAGAAGAAGAUGAACCAAAACGUAAAAAGAAAAAGGUUUUUGUAAAACCUUAUCGCGAGCCAAAAGCCGCGCCACCUAAUACCAAACAAAAGUCGAYCCCCAAGCCAAGAGAGAGGACUCCCAGAGAAGGGUUGAGAAAAUCGACAMGAACUUUGACUGUCUCCAAAGCUGAAGAGUUGAAACAAAGACAACAUCAGGAAAAAGAGAAACGGAGUAAGCAGAGUCAACCCAAGUCGAAAGCUCCACCUGGAAUGCGACGACUCACACAAGAGGAGUUGCUUGCAGAAGCAAAGAUAACUGAAGAACAAAACUUGGCUUCCUUAGCCGCUUAUCAAAGACUUGAAGCUGACAGAAAGAAAACUAAAAUCCAAAAAGUUACUUACAAAGGCCCUAUCAUACGCUACUGUUCAUUAUCAAUGCCAGUUGUGCAAGAACCUAUUGUAAAAGUCGAUGAAAGUGAAAAAGAUGAAGAGGAUUCAAAGCCUGCUGAUUCAUCAAAGCGUUGCAGUAGAAAUUUCUUAAUUUUCACUGAUGCCAAAAACUUCCCUGAGUCUUUCUUCCCAGUAAAGAAGGUGAAGCAACCCCAGCGGAGAUAUUGCCCUGUGACUGGACUACCAGCAAGAUAUCGUGAUCCGCUUACUGGUCUGCCAUAUGCCAAUGCACAAGCMUUYCGUUACAUCAGGGAAAGAUAUGUAAUGCAAAUAGAAGARAUGAAAGAGAAGGGAGUGGAAAAUGAAACCAGGAAAAGAAGAUGAGAGCAACAUGUGGUAAUCAGAUUAAUUCCAAUAGGUAGUCUACUUAAGUUCUCCUCUUUAUCAACAAAGUACCUAAGCCUAGAAAAAACUACAAUGGAAAAUGUUCAUUCCUUGUUGAAAUUAUCCAAAAUGUGMAUAUUGUCCAUUAUAUUGUACAUGCAAUUUAAGAAGGCUAAAAGACCAAGCAGACAUACUUUAUAUAGAGGUUGUCUAGUAAAUUCUUUUCAUUUGAGUUGACUGUUACCAGUAAUACCUUCAUUCACCUAUCAUAUUUGUGUCUGGUGACUUGUAAAAGCUGAAGCAACCACUCUAUCACUUUGUAAUGUCUUCGUAGUCUACUGUUUACUUUACAAAUGGUUUUUUGGAAGAGGGAGGGGGUAGAAGGGGGAGUGCUGGAAGGGGUAGGACCUUCAUAAAACAUAGGAGAAUAAUAGAAAGAAAGGAAAAAAGUGCAUGGGAUAUAGCUUCCACUUCCCUCCAUCCACUCUCUAUGCUCUCUCAUUUKACUUUGAAUACAAUAUGCUUAUUAAGUUUAAUUGUUCUAUUUAUUACUUUUUUGAUACAUGUACAUAUAUAUUUUGUCUUAUACUCAUUUACAUAGUGAAAAUGGUUUAAUAAAAUAUUAUUAAUUKGAAAAUUUAUA